GUGCUUGCAAUAUUCCACCAUGUAAAGGAAACUUAAACCAGCAAGCCAUGAAAACGCAAGUUUCCUUAGCUCUCUGUUUCUCACUUUUCCUAGUAGUCCCAUGUAACACUCAACAAUUUGCAUGUGACAAGAAUGAUCCCAAUACGAGCCAGUUCCCCUUCUGUGACUACGCCUUAUCUUAUGAGGAUCGAGCCAAGGACCUUGUUUCACGCUUGACUCUCCAAGAAAAGGUGCAACAACUAGUAAACACGGCCUCUGGCAUUUCCAGGCUUGGUGUGCCUGCCUAUGAGUGGUGGUCUGAGGCACUUCACGGUGUCUCAGACCUGGGUCCAGGCACACGUUUUAAUGCCACAGUGCCUGGUGCAACUAGUUUCCCCGCUGUAAUUUUGUCUGCUGCAAGUUUCAACGCGACAUUAUGGUUUAAGAUGGGGCAGGUAGUGUCAACAGAAGCUCGAGCCAUGUACAAUGUAGGGUUAGCGGGCUUGACAUAUUGGAGCCCUAAUGUUAACGUGUUUCGUGACCCGAGAUGGGGACGUGGCCAAGAAACACCAGGGGAGGACCCUCUGGUGGUCUCAAGAUAUGCUGUGAAUUAUGUUCGGGGAUUGCAAGAAGUGGGUGGGGAGUCAAACUCUACUCAUGACAAGCUUAAGGUUUCAAGUUGUUGCAAGCACUACACUGCUUACGAUCUGGAUAAUUGGAAAGGCGUCGAUCGAUUCCAUUUUGAUGCAAAGGUUACGAAACAGGACUUGGAAGAUACGUAUCAGCCACCAUUUAAGAGCUGUGUUGAGGAGGGACAUGUGAGCAGUGUAAUGUGCUCAUACAACAGGGUGAAUGGGAUUCCUACCUGUGCUGAUCCAGACCUGCUAAAAGGAAUAGUUAGAGGCCAAUGGGGUCUUGAUGGAUAUAUUGUUUCAGACUGUGACUCUGUUGCGGUUUUUUAUAAUAGCAUCCAUUACACUGCUACCCCUGAAGAUGCCGUAGCAGUUGCUCUAAAAGCAGGUUUAAACAUGAACUGUGGGGAUUAUCUGGGAAAGUACACCGUAAAUGCAGUCAACUUAAAAAAAGUGGAAGAAUCUAUUGUUGACCAGGCUUUAAUAUAUAACUAUAUAGUCCUUAUGAGGCUUGGUUUCUUUGACGGAAACCCCAAACUGCUUCUAUUCGGUGAUCUGGGGCCAUCUGAUGUAUGCGCUGAUGAUCAUCAGCUGCUAGCCCAUGAUGCUGCCAAGCAGGGAAUAGUUUUACUAGACAACAAUGGAGCUCUUCCUUUGUCCCAAAAUAUCACCAAGAAUUUAGCUGUUAUAGGACCAAAUGCUAAUGCCACAACAGUAAUGAUAAGUAACUAUGCUGGUGUACCUUGCCACUACACUAGCCCUUUACAAGGACUGCAAAAGUACGUCUCAGUGGUUACAUAUGAAGCAGGGUGUAGCGAUGUAAAAUGCAGUAAUGAGACACUUAUUGAGGCUGCAGUUCAGGCUGCAGCCAAGGCUGAUGCUUUGGUGGUAGUUGUGGGGCUAGAUCAAUCUAUUGAGGCAGAAGGGCUGGAUAGAGUGAACUUGACAUUGCCAGGAUAUCAAGAAAAGUUGGUGACUGAUGUUGCUAAUGCAGCAAAUGGAACAGUGAUUCUUGUGAUUAUGGCUGCUGGUCCUAUUGAUAUUUCUUUUGCAAAGAAUGUGAGCCAAAUUGGAGGCAUUUUGUGGGUCGGAUAUCCUGGGCAAGCUGGGGGAGAAGCCAUUGCUCAAGUCAUAUUUGGAGAUUAUAAUCCAGCUGGAAGGUCCCCUUUUACAUGGUAUCCACAAGAGUAUGCAGAUCAGGUGCCUAUGACAGACAUGAAUAUGAGAGCCAACACCAGCGAAAAUUUUCCUGGAAGAACCUACCGCUUCUACACUGGCAAAUGUAUUUAUGAAUUUGGACAUGGACUAAGCUAUACGUCAUUCUCCAAGUUCAUAUUAUCUGCUCCUUCCACAAUACUCAUCCAAUCAAUACCAAAUAAUAUUCUCUCCUCUAAAUCCAUCCGCGAACCAUAUGCUUACUCAAAUGGUGAAGCAAUUGAUGUUUCAAACAUAAACUGCAACGAUCUGCAAUUUAAUCUUGUCAUUGGGGUGAAGAACAAUGGACCAAUGAAUGGAGCCCAUGUGGUGCUCUUGUUCUGGAAGCCACCAAGCUCAAGAGUGGUGACCGGUGCACCAAACGUGCAGUUAGUUGGGUUUGAGAGGCUGGAAGUGAAGAGAGGAAAGACACAGAAUGUGACAAUGAGCUUGGGUGUCUGCAAGGAGUUUACGCUUGUGGAUGCUGAAGGGAACAGGAAGUUAAUUACAGGGCAGCAUACCCUUUUUGUGGGUUCUACUAGUGAGUACCAAGUAAGGCACCAUUUCGUUGUCAGGCAGGCUGUGAAUGCAAGUGUAGAAGGUUCUGUGUCUAUGUAGGCAAUAACAUUAGUUGGAGUGCUGCUACCAACUACAAUCGUACAGUAGUAGAAUAACUUAUGGUGUGCUAGGACUUAGAAAUUAGCUAAGCAGCAUGUAAGCUAUCAUCUACACAUAUUUAGCUCUCUCCUGAGUCCAUGUUUAAGAGGUCCUUUUUAGGGCCAGAAGCCCAGAACGAAAAUGUAAAAGUUUAUUGAGCAGCGAGUGAGGUAUCAUUUACAUAUA